GGUACGACGAGGGGCGCUGACCGGGCCCUCGAGCUGGGGGCGGAGAGCCACAGGGGGUGGGAGGAACUUCUUCCAGAACCUUCCUUUGGCCCGGGCUGCGCUCUGAGCCAGGUAAGGGACUGGGAGGGCUGUGGACCAAGGGCAGGGAGGUCGUCUGUACCAAGCCCGCUCUCCCAUCCGUCCCCGACGAAAGUGGGGAUCCCAGGGGCUGACAUUUGGGGAGUUAGGGUAACUCACCGCUCGCUCCCCCGUAACUCUAUGCUGUUGCCGUCCUUUCCCGGGACCCCCUCAUUCUAAUGUCACUUUUCAAGGAUCUGACGACCUCCCACUCCCUGCCCCGUCAUAAUUGCUUUCGCUUCGCUCAAUUUCCAUUUGUUGGGGAGGGUACAGAUUUCCCGCUCUUCUGGAAAAAGGGGUGCCCCUACCCUCUUCCCACAUUUGGCCAAUAAAGUCUCCUCUAAAAUGGAGAGAGAGGUAGACGCCCGGGGGCUGGACCCGAGGGCACUGUUUCUGCUUCCCUGACCCCGACACUAACAGGUUCUCUCCAGCUUGGGGGCGAUUUGAGCAGAGCCCCCCCCUUACACACACCCUAUCCCCUGCGGGUGAAGGAGAGUGCCCAGCCCCCUGUGGUCCCCGCAGGCGACCACUCACACUUCCGGAGGCGGCAGCCCUCAGGCCGCGGGAUGGACGCGCGCGUCCGGGCGGCAGUGUAACUGGAGCCGUGGGGUCAGCGACCGGCGAGCGCGGCGCACCCUUCGGCUCAGACCGUGGAUGGUGACCGCCCCCUCGGAGAGCCCUCGCAGACAUGGCGGAGAGCUGGCUGCGCCUCCCGGGAGCGGGGCCGGCAGAGGAGGCCGCGCCCGAGAGCGGCCUAGAGGAGCCCGACGCCCUGGAUGACAGCCUUACCAGCCUGCAGUGGCUGCAGGAGUUCUCCAUUCUCAGCGCUAAGGCCCCCGCCCUGCCCCCGGGGGGCGCCGACCCCCACGGCUACCACCAGGUGCCAGGCUCGGUAGCGCCCGGGUCCCCCCUGGCGGCCGACCCCGCCUGCCUAGGGCCGCCGCACACGCCAGGCAAGCCCACUUCGUCCAGCACGUCGCGGAGCGCGCCCCCGGGAAUGCAGGCCCCGCCCCCCGACGACGUGGACUACGCUACCAACCCGCAUGUGAAACCGCCCUACUCGUACGCCACGCUCAUCUGCAUGGCAAUGCAGGCCAGCAAGGCCACCAAGAUCACCCUCUCGGCCAUCUACAAGUGGAUCACGGACAACUUCUGCUACUUCCGCCACGCUGAUCCCACCUGGCAGAAUUCCAUCCGCCACAACCUGUCCUUGAACAAGUGCUUCAUCAAGGUGCCCCGGGAGAAGGACGAGCCAGGCAAGGGGGGCUUCUGGCGCAUUGACCCCCAGUACGCAGAGCGGCUGCUGAGUGGGGCCUUCAAGAAGCGGCGGCUGCCCCCAGUCCACAUCCACCCUGCCUUUGUCCGUCAGGCCUCACAGGAGCCCAGCACCGCCUCCUGGGCCAGGCCGCUGACCGUCAACACCGAGGCCCAGCAGCUGCUUCGGGAGUUCGAGGAGGCCACAGGGGAGGUGGGCUGGGCUUCCGGCGAGGGCAGGCCUGGGCACAAGCGCAAGCAGCCGCUGCCCAAGCGGGUGGCCAAGGUCCCAAGGCCACCCAGCACCCUGCUGCUGACCCAGGAGGAGCAGGGUGAGCUGGAGCCCCUCAAAGGCAACUUUGACUGGGAGGCCAUCUUCACGCUGGAUGGAGAGCUGGGCUCCCUGGAGGGCCUGGAGCUGAGCCCGCCACUGAGCCCUGCCUCACAUGGUGACGUGGACCUCACCGUCCACGGCCACCACAUCGACUGCCCCGCUACCUGGGGGCCCCCGGUAGAGCAGGCUGCCGACAGCCUGGACUUUGAUGAGACCUUCCUGGCCACGUCCUUCCUGCAGCACCCCUGGGACGAGAGUGGCAGUGGCUGCCUGCCCCCAGAGCCCCUCUUUGAGGCUGGGGAUGCCACCCUGGCUGCCGACCUACAGGACUGGACCAGCGUGGGCGCCUUCUUGUAAGAGGCCAGGCCCCACCCCACCUCGGGACAGCGCCCAAGUCAGGGCCCAGAACUGUCCCCCAGCACAGGCUCAUGGACACCCCACCACUGAGGCAGAGUCUGUGCCAGGCCUCCCGAGUCUGGCCCCAAGAGGCCACACCGUCCCAGCCCGGGUGGCCUCAAAUUCAAGCCCAGGAGGCUGAGAACUGGGAGCCCCGGAUAGUGCCUCCCCAGCCCCACACAUACCAUACACACAGUGUUUCAUAGAGCGCCUCUCCUCCACCCCAAGGACUGACCACAGGACCCUGUGCUGUGCCAGCGGGGCCUGAAGUGGCCCGGCCCAGGUGGGGAAGAACAGAACAGAGGCCUCCCCAGAGCACCCCAGCCUCAACACUGCUUCUCUCCCCCCACCUCCCCCCUUCCCCAGGUCUCUAUCCAGAGAAAGUUCCCAGGUACAACAGAUACUAAUUAGGUGACAGCAAAUUAAGCCCUUGGAGGCCUCUCAGGGCAAA